GAACGAACUAACACCCAAUACUUUCGAUUUCAGUACCGCACACUCGACACUGCCACUGGAAGCCAUUGGCAAAGGCUUCUCGGCUCUGUGUGGUCUGCACCGACAUCUGUCGGUGCAGACAAGAUAUUCGUCAUCAAGCGGGAAGACGGUGGUCCUGGUCGGUCUGUUGCAAACGAACACAAGAUGCAUCGCCAUAUCAUCCAAAUAUUACAUGGAGACGACAACAACAGGCUCCGCCCCAACAUACCUCAUUGCGAAGGCUUUCUCAGCCACAAUGCGACUGCCUGGGAUCAGAUGCUUCCCAGAUUUCCCAAAGGAUACACAGGCUGCAACGCACUUGUCAGCGAGAAAAUCCCCCCACUGUCUCGAGAUAUUCGCAAGCUCCUGGCCCAGAAGUUCCACCCAGACAUGGAUCCGGAUGAGAUUGCCGAUAGCUUGACAAACAGCCAUUGUCUGAUGGAGACCCUCGGCCUGGAUCUUCAGGAGUACGCGGUAGCCAUGGCUGAGGCUCUUGCAUUUCUGCACUGGUCCGCCAAAGUCGACGCAAAUGAUGUUGAAUUUGUGCUUGCAAACAUAAGGAAACCCCAAGCUUCUCCCGGCGAAGACCCGUCAAAAUCAAGCUUGGGUCCUGCAGACUUCCAUUCAAAUGCUUUCGGAUCUCACGCCAUGUGGAUCCUGGACUUUGACUGCUGCAGAACGAUGACCUUGGAUAGCAAUGGGAUAAAGCAAGCAUGCAGAAGCUUUUGGCGGAACGAUCCUUACUAUCCAAGGCCUGGGAGCGACAACGCGAAGGACAAGGAACUUUGGGACGUAUUUCGAGCUCAGUUCUUGAGGUCUAGCGACGAGAUUUUGAGCGGUGAAGGGGAAGAUGUGCGGCGACUGCCACAGGAACUGAUCGAGUGUAUCGAGGAGACAAAGGGGAGGUUCACGAAGGGAACGGACUUCUGGUAG